AGCAGUACGACUUCGCCUUCGGAUGUUAAGUUGCUGCUUCUGAUCUAACCGUUCUCCAACCGACCUGCUUAGGGUAGUAGGACCUAAGGGAACAAGUGUUCCACUUAAUAUAGCUCAGACAAGUCAUCACAAUAACCAAGCCCAGCUACCAUAUCAAGGUAGCAGCUACGAUCGGGAAUGGGGUGCCUACUUACUAUUCAUAGCGUCCACUUCCUGUACGAAUAUGAUAUUUCAUAUCUCAUGAACCACAAUCGAUUUAACUGUGCAAAGUGUUGUUGUUUCUUGUAGAAUUUAGUCUUUUUGGUUCUUUUUUGUCAGACUUUCAGCUUUACCUCAAAACUGAUAGAAUUCAGCAGCGAAUGACUGACCAUUCACAUUCAUGUACCAAUCAUACAGCGUUAUAUCAAUCAACUCAUCAAGAUUUAAGUGAAAUGGACUUUGAAAGAGGGAUUUUGGGUGCUUCCACACGUGGUGAUAUUGAUCGCGUCCGGAAAUUAUUAAAUAAACAUGUUAAUGUUAACGUACCAGACAGUUAUGGGUAUACAGCUCUGCAUUAUGCUGCUAGAAAUAAUCAUGAAGAUGUUUGCAAAGUAUUAUUAGAAGCAGGGGCUGAUAGUUUCGCAAAGACAAAGAAUGACGGGGCUACACCUGCACAUCGAGCAGCAUAUGCGGGACAUCUUGGUAUUUUAAAACUGCUCGUCGGCAAGGGAGGAGCACCACUACUAGAAUCUCGUGAUAAUUGUGGUAGGAACUGCUUGCACCACGCGUACCGAGGGAAGCAGAAAAAUAUAAUAGAUUGGUUAUUGGAGAGCUAUCCUAAUCUGUCUAGUACUAGAGACAACAAUGGUGUUCUUCCAGACUUCGUUGGUCAGUCAGCUAAUGAAAUGCACUGUCAUGAAUUAAAUGUAUGAUCUAUGGUAGAUAAAUAACUCACAUUAAGGCUUUUCCAUUUUUUAUAUCCAAAUCUGACUUUGCUUAUAACUAGUCUACUGUGUAUGUUCAUCACCAUAUGUUCAUUCCCAUAUCACAGACUUAAUUUUUAGAAUUUUUUUCAUUACUAAAGUAUUACUCUGUGAAUGGUAUUUGUAUAGCUACUUAAUUACUAGAUAGUAUUGUCUUUUUAUGUAGUUAUAUUUCUCAGUGGUACUUUAGCACAGAAUAUUUCAGCAUAAAACAAUUUACUCUAGUCCAAGCUAUAUACUUGACACUGGUUUAAAUUCUAUUUGACCUAUAAUAU